AUGGAUAUUCUCGAAAAUCUCGCUUUCGGAGACAAGCACCACAGGAAGGUGAUCGCCCUCCACCAUCAACCGGAUGUCCUCCCCCUCCAGAAGGUGAAUCCCGUCCACGCAGACAAGCACCACAGGAAGGUGAUCGCCCUCCACCACCAACCGGAUGUCCUCCCCCUCCAGAAGGUGAAUCCCGUCCACGCAGACAAGCACCACAGGAAGGUGAUCGUCCUCCACCACCAACCGGAUGUCCUCCCCCUCCAGAAGGUGAAUCCCGUCCACGCAGACAAGCACCACAGGAAGGUGAUCGCCCUCCACCACCAACCGGAUGUCCUCCCCCUCCAGAAGGUGAAUCCCGUCCACGCAGACAAGCACCACAGGAAGGUGAUCGCCCUCCACCACCAACCGGAUGUCCUCCCCCUCCAGAAGGUGAAUCCCGACCACGCAGACAAGCACGACAGGAAGGUGAUCGCCCUCCACCACCAACCGGAUGUCCUCCCCCUCCAGAAGGUGAAUCCCGUCCACGCAGACAAGCACCACAGGAAGGUGAUCGCCCUCCACCACCAACCGGAUGUCCUCCCCCUCCAGAAGGUGAAUCCCGACCACGCAGACAAGCACCACUGGAAGGUGAUCGCCCUCCACCACCAACCGGAUGUCCUCCCCCUCCAGAAGGUGAAUCCCGACCACGCAGACAAGCACCACAGGAAGGUGAUCGCCCUCCACCACCAACCGGAUGUCCUCCCCCUCCAGAAGGUGAAUCCCGUCCACGCAGACAAGCACCACAGAAAGGUGAUCACCCUCCACCCCCAACCGGAUGUCCUCCCCCUCCAGAAGGUGAAUCCCGUCCACGCAGACAAGCACCACAGGAAGGUGAUCGCCCUCCACCACCAACCGGAUGUCCUCCCCCCCGAGAAGGUGAAUCCCGUCCACGCAGACAAGCACCACAGGAAGGUGAUCGCCCUCCACCACCAACCGGAUGUCCUCCCCCUCGAGAAGGUGAAUCCCGACCACGCAGACAAGCACCACAGGAAGGUGAUCGCCCUCCACCACCAACCGGAUGUCCUCCCCCUCCAGAAGGUGAAUCCCGACCACGCAGACAAGCACCACAGGGAGGUGAUCGCCCUCCACCACCAACCGGAUGUCCUCCCCCUCCAGAAGGUGAAUCCCGUCCACGCAGACAAGCACCACAGGAAGGUGACCGUCCUCCACCACCAACCGGAUGUCCUCCCCCUCCAGAAGGUGAAUCCCGUCCACGCAGACAAGCACCACAGGAAGGUGAUCGCCCUCCACCACCAACCGGAUGUCCUCCCCCUCCAGAAGGUGAAUCCCGACCACGCAGACAAGCACCACAGGAAGGUGAUCGCCCUCCACCACCAACCGGAUGUCCUCCCCCUCCAGAAGGUGAAUCCCGUCCACGCAGACAAGCACCACAGGAAGGUGAUCGCCCUCCACCACCAACCGGAUGUCCUCCCCCUCCAGAAGGUGAAUCCCGUCCACGCAGACAAGCACCACAGGAAGGUGAUCGCCCUCCACCACCAACCGGAUGUCCUCCCCCUCCAGAAGGUGAAUCCCGUCCACGCAGACAAGCACCACAGGAAGGUGAUCGCCCUCCACCACCAACCGGAUGUCCUCCCCCUCCAGAAGGUGAAUCCCGACCACGCAGACAAGCACCACAGGAAGGUGAUCGCCCUCCACCACCAACCGGAUGUCCUCCCCCUCCAGAAGGUGAAUCCCGACCACGCAGACAAGCACCACAGGAAGGUGAUCGCCCUCCACCACCAACCGGAUGCCCACCACCUCCCGAAGGAAAAGGACUAGGUGCCAGUGGUCUUUGAAAGAGGGAGACCACCCCCUCCACCACGCGGGAACUGAAUUGUUCUCAAGAUGAGCCGUUGGUGACUCAGUGUGAAAUAAAAAUGAAAUAAAUCAA